AUGGCUGUCGAUGAUGUUCCGCCGCCGCCACCACCAACACGAAUUGACAUCACCUCUCCAUACUACCUAGGUCCUCAUGACAGACAUGGUGAUUUCAUAACCCCGACUCGGCUUCGUGGUGAAAACUACGAUGAAUGGGCAGGGGAUAUUCAAACCGUGUUAGAGGCACGACGUAAAUUUGUUUUCCUAGAUGGAACGAUCUCCUCGCCUUCCUCUCUGUGUACUCAAACAGAUUGGAACACCAUUCAUGCCAUGUUGAUUUCGUGGCUUAUGAACACAAUUGACCCCGAGGUCAAGGGUACUCUGUCAAAAUACAAAGAUGCGAAGCGCUUAUGGGACACUCUCAAAAUGCACUUUGCCACCGUCAAUGGUCCUCGAAUUCAGCAAUUGAAGGUGUCAAUUGCAAAGUGUGAGCAAACGAAGACUAUGUCAGUGGCCUCCUAUUUUGGAAAAUUGACGGCUCUAUGGGAGGAAUUAAACAACCAUGAGCCGCUCAUUACUUGUGCUUGCUGCCAGACGUGUACAGCAGGUGUGGAGCAUGAAAAACGUCGUGAAAAUACUCGACUCCAUGAGUUCUUGAUGGGCCUAUGUACCGAUUAUUAUACUCAGACUCGUACUAAUAUAUUAUCUCAAGACCCUUUGUCGACUCUUGAUCGGGCGUACCAGUUGGUUGUGCAAGACGAACGUGUACGGAUCGCCAAGCAAACCCCUGAUGAGCAGGCAUCCGAGGCAGUGGGGUUUGCUUUUCGAACCAGCACCGGAAAACAGAGGACAACAGCCUCUGAUGAGAAGGCAGAUAAGUCCGGUCUUCACUGUAACCAUUGCAAGAAACAUGGCUAUGUAAUUUCUGAUUGUUUUGAACUUAAAGGGUACCCAGAUUGGUGGCCGAACCCUUCAAAACGUGGCAAACCGCAACAGACCAGCUCUAAAGGUCGGGCUCCUCCUCGUGCGAAUGCUACAGCAGCUAAUAAGGCAGAUUCAAUAGGGGGUUCCUCUCAGACUUUCACGGCAGAACAGUGGAGGGCAAUUGCUGGUUUUAUUGGUAACACUCAAAUUCCCGAUGAACGUUUGAACGGUGAGUUUGAUAAUACCUUGUGGAUCGUUGACACAGGGGGUUCUAGGCAUGUAACUUGUGAUGACAUAUGGCUUUUUGAUACGAGUCACAUCUCACAUUGUCCGGUUGGUCUUCCGAAUGGCAAAACAGUGAAUGCCACGAAGGAAGGCUCAGUUCGUCUAUCAUCUAAAAUUGUUCUUAAGCAUGUCCUAUUUGUUCUCGAUUUACGUUGCAAUCUAAUUUCUGUAUCACAAUUAAUUGAUGAUGCUCAUUGUACUGUCCAAUUUAACUCCAAUAUGUGUGCUUUACAGGAUCAGUCGAGGGAGCUGAUUGGAACGAGUGUUUAG